ACCGCAGUUUCCGGUUGGUAAAAUCGUGUGUUUGGAUCGCUUAUAUUCUUGACAGCUUAUUCUCAGUCUGUUGUAAAAACUUGGAGAUAUUUCAAGUUUACGUAUUAAAAAAAUAUAAAUUUCCAUGCACAUUACUCGGGGAGAUUCUCAUUAUUUAUUUCUCGUGAUAUUGACCUGGAAGUGCUUCCACCCCCGUGUUUUCACGUUGUGUCAGAGGCAGCGUAGUGUUGUUCUGUUGCACGCGUAGGAGUUAUAAAAUGUUUGCUUUUCGGAGUUGUCGAGCAGUUCUUCAAAAUCUUUCUCAAGGAAUUAAACGUCAGGUCACAGAACAAGCCACCAGGAGUUUAUCAGCUGUCCCAGAUGAAGCCCCCAAAGAUAUGCCUAUUAAAAUGGAGAACCCAUACAAGCAGCCUGAGAAAGGAUGCCUCUUGUGCAGCAACAACAUACAUGUGGAUUACAAAAACAUUCAAUUGCUCUCCCAGUUUAUAUCGCCGCAUACGGGAAGAAUCUAUGGCCGACACAUAACUGGACUGUGUGGGCGAAGGCAGAGAGAGAUAUCGAAAGCAAUAAAGAAAGCACAUGCAAUGGGUUUCAUGUCUGUGACAUUGAAAGAUCCUCAGUUCAUGAAAGACCCCAACAUCUGUGACAUCAAACAUCUGGAGUAAUGCACUGGAUUUGCACUUCCCUUUCUUCCCCAUUUGACAACAUUUCCAGGGGAAAGAGCAAACAUUUUCAUUUGGACUGCAACACCCUUUUAUUGUCCUGUCUGUCCUGUAAAUGUUUUUACUUUUUUGCUACAAUUACCAAGUAUGAAAAAUACAUUAAAUUCUGUCCCCAAUACA